GCGUUUCGAAAAUACUUCCCCCUCUCCCGGCCCCGAGCAACGGUCGCCUCGUCUCCUCCUCCUGCUCCGCCCUGGUCGCUUUAUUUCGUUUCGCGCUCAACCCGCCCGAUUCAAAGGGGGAUCCGGAUCGGGACCCCCCCCCCCCCCCCCCCCCCCCCCCCCCCCCCCUUGCAGCGUUGCCCCUUUUCCUAAAAAAAAAUCGAACCGCGCUGGCGCGCCGCCGUCACGCGAGCGACGUGAUCAGUACAGUCAGUCACCGGCCGUCACAGCGCACGCGUCGUCCGUCCGUCCGUACUUCCUCGCCGAGUUGACCUGGGUAAGUGGGCGAGAUGGAGGACGAGGGGAGCGGCGACCGGCGCCGCGCCGCGGAGGCACUCGUCUCGCCGCCGCCGAGGGCGAAGACGGUGACGAUCCCCGUGGCCCGCGACUUCAUCAUCCCCCACGCCGCUGACCAGUGCCGCUGCUCCGGCUUCGAAGUCGCCGAGGAGGGUUCGCCGACGGGUUCGUCGGCGCUCGGACCAGCCAGCGCUGGCGGUGGCGUCCCGUGCGAGGGCGCGCUGCAGGACACGCCGGACUACAUCCGGAGGAGCGCCGCGCGGCACAGGGUCGCGCCGCUCGAGCUCUUCUCCUCCGCCUCGCCACCGCCCGCGGGACUUGGCGCCGCUGAUGCGGUGGCUUCUAGUGCGAAAUGCCAUGCCACGGAGGGCGAGGCCGUGGGCGGUCGGCAGCCGCAAGAGACUCGAGUGGAUAAAUCCGAUUGCUGGGGUAUCUCCGAACAACAGUAUGGUGUCCUUCUGCGGGAGGAGGAGGAAUGCAGGAAGCUGUUAGAUGACCUCAUGGCAGAGAAUGAGCUCAAGACCAGGGAGUGCCGUGAAGCCCAGGAGUCGCUCCGUGAUCUGCGGAUGGAGCUGAUGAGGAAGUCCAUGCACGUUGGCUCACUAGCCUCUGCUGUUGAAGGGCAAGUGAAGGAGAAGAGUCGUUUGUGUCAAUUACUGAAGGCAUUGGGCGAAAAAUUUAUGGUAUUAAAGUCAGAGCACCAGAACCUAAGACAAGAAUCGCUAGAGUACAGAAAGUGUGUGUUAGAUGCUUCACAAAUGUCUGCAACAAUUCAGCGAUAUGUGAAUCAAUAUGUAAGUUUAGAGUGCGAGUUUAAAGAUCUCAAAGAGAAGUUCAAUGAGGAGGCAAAGGAGCGUAAAGACUUAUACAACAAGCUUAUAGAGCUAAAGGGUAAUAUAAGAGUUUUUUGUCGGUGCCGACCACUUAAUGCAGACGAAAUAGCAGAAGGAGCUUCGUCAGCCAUUGAUUUUGACUUGGCAAAAGAUGGAGAGCUCAUUGUUAGGGGUCAUGUAUCUUCAAAAAAAACAUACAAAUUUGAUUCUGUCUUCAGUCCUGAAGAAGGACAAGAAAGUGUUUUUGAGAAAACCAUGCCAUAUGCAAUUUCGGUGUUGGAUGGAUUUAAUGUUUGUAUCUUUGCUUAUGGCCAAACCGGCACUGGUAAAACAUUUACUAUGGAAGGGAUUGAAGGUGCUCGAGGUGUUAACUACAGAACUCUAGAAGAACUCUUUCGAAUAAUCAAAGAAAGGGAGGGCACAUUCCUAUAUGAGAUAACUGUUAGUGUUUUAGAGGUGUACAAUGAGCAGAUUCAUGAUUUGCUAAUGACAGGAUCACAACCAGGUGCAACGACAAAGAGACUAGAAGUAAGGCAAGUUGCAGAAGGGGUUCACCAUGUACCAGGACUUGUUGAGGCACGGGUGACUAACAUGAAUGAGGCUUGGGAAGUGCUACAAACUGGCAGCAAAGCUAGAGUUGUGGGUUCUACAAAUGCUAAUGAGCAUAGUAGUCGAUCUCACUGUAUACAUUGUGUAAUCGUCAAAGGAGAAAACUUGAUGAAUGGAGAAUGUACAAAGAGCAAAUUAUGGCUAAUUGACCUUGCUGGAAGUGAACGGGUAGCAAAGACAGAUGCACAAGGAGAAAGAUUGAAAGAAGCACAGAACAUAAACAAAUCACUUUCUGCACUUGGUGAUGUUAUAUCUGCUCUUGCAACGAAGACCUCGCACAUACCCUUUAGGAAUUCGAAGCUAACGCACUUGCUCCAAGACUCACUAAGUGGAGAUUCCAAAACCUUGAUGUUCGUUCAAAUCAGUCCUAAUGAGAACGACGUGGGUGAAACUCUUUGUUCGUUGAACUUCGCGAGCAGAGUGCGAGGCAUAGAGCUUGGACAAGCUAAAAAGCAAGUCGAUAUUGGAGAAUUGUCAAGAUACAAGCUCAUGGUUGGGAGGGCCAAACAGGACAGCAAGAACAAAGAUGCUCAGAUUAAAAGCAUGGAAGAAAGGAUACAGAUACUUGAAGCGAAGAAUAAGACCAAAGACUUGCUCACAAUGAAUCUCCAAGAGAAGAUCAAAGAGCUGGAAUCACAGCUCCUAGUUGAAAGAAAGAUAGCACGGCAGCAUGUCGACAACAAGAUUGCCCAAGACCAUCUGCAGAAGCAGCACGGCAUGAAAGAAGAGAACUCGUACUCGAGAAGCCCGAUGGCCGAGAGGAACCUCAACUCCACAGCAGAGAAAGCAGCAGCGCCUAAAGACUUGGGGGGCAUCUCGAAGCAGAUGUUCUCCGACAGCAACACUGACACUUACAGCUUCAAGCAGCUGAUGUCACUAGGGGACGAGAAGGAGAACGACCCUGAAGCUGCUGUGCAGCUGCCGCCGACAACGAAGGCCAGGCGAGUGUCACUCUGCAACGGUGGAGCUCACCAGCGGCCGUUGAACCCAGCUUCACGCAGGACGUCCCUCAUACCGCUGCCACGGCGCAACUCGCUGCUGCCAAUGCCCGUAGCAAAGCCUGCAGCAGCAGCAGCAGCGGUGUUGCCGCUUGACAAGAUCACUGAGAACCUGUCCUCGCCCCCGCUGUGCUCUCCUCCGGCUGUAUCCAACGACAAGGGCAGCCGGAGUAGGAGGAUCAACAGCAUACUGCGGCGAAGCCUGCAGAAGAAGGUAGUCAUCCGGCCGUCGCUGGCAGCGCAGGCAGGGAAGAAAGCCGCCGGUGCUGCUGCUGCCCGGGGUACUGACAGCGCACGCAGGGCGGCGCGGCGGGUGCCUGUGAGCGACGGCGCUGGCGGGCAAAGGUACAGCAGAACAGGGACAAGGAGCGGGGGUGGAGCAACUUCUGACCAGAACAUCGCGGCACCUCUAUUGUUAAAGAAGCCUGUGGAGAUUUAGGUGUUUAUUUUGUACAAAAUUUAGGUGUUAUUAUUUGGUUGGGUUUGUGAGUUCUCGCGUAUUGUGAGAGAACUCGACCGUUUGCUGCUGACCCCGAUCAGGUCAGGUUUUUACAAUGCUUCCAGGGACUUUGUGGGAGGCUGGGAGUGUUCAUGUAACGAUCUCUUAUGCUGAUUACUGACACAGUGGACAGUGCUUUCCCGAUGCGAGAAGAAAAUUUGCAGGGAUUUUUUUUCGGGUA